CGUUCAUGAAGUAAAAAGCACCGGAACGGGUCGAGCGAAGGACCGAGCUGGAGUCAGCGGGCACGACAUGUCCUGGUCCAACGGUGUCCAUCAUUAAAGUAGAGGAAGACCUCGAUAACUGGAGGAGCUGCUGUUCUGCUCGACCAUUUGUCCUGUCCAAACAUUGCCUAGUUUUAAAUUUCACUCAGUUUACGGAAUAGCAGCAUGUUAAGCAUCAAAUCGGCGACUUUUGACCUAUUUUCUUAAAGUGGACCGGCUGUAUCUUCACAACUUUACACGCUCCUCGGCUGAUGAUGAAGUCCUCUGUCCCUCUGGAGGACUUGGCCCCCGGCUCGGACCUCGUCCCCCUGAAGGAAGGCUCCGGGCAGAGAGCACACCUGAACGGCUGCGUCCCACUUUCACACCAGGUGGCAGGGCACAAGUAUGGCGUGGAUAAAGUGGGAAUUUUGCAGCAUCCAGAUGGGACAGUUCUGAAGCAAGUCCAGCCUCCACCAAGAGGACCACGAGAAGUUCACUUUUAUAACAUGGUGUUUGCAGAGGACUGCUCUGAUCCGUGUCUUCUAGACCUUCAAAACCAUAUUCCCAAAUAUUACGGCACCUGGUCUUCACCUGACAGCCCUAAAGACCUUUACCUGAAGCUGGAGGACGUAACGAGUCGAUUUGUCAGGCCUUGCAUCAUGGAUGUGAAGCUGGGCCAGAGGAGCUACGACCCAUUUGCCUCACAGGAGAAACGAGAGCAGCAGAUCAGGAAAUACCCACUGAUGGAGGAGAUUGGUUUCCUAAUCCUCGGCAUGAGAGUAUAUAAUGUGCAGAGGGACACCUUUGAUUCCUAUAACCAACACUAUGGAAGGAGUCUGGUUAAGGACACGGUUAAAGAUGGUUUGGCAACAUUUUUCAACAAUGGUGCUUAUUUGAGGAAGGACGCCAUUUGGGCCAGUGUACACAGAGUGCGUCAAAUUCUCCACUGGUUUAAUUCCCAGCACCAGCUGGCCUUCUAUGCCAGCUCUCUUCUCUUUGUGUAUGAGGGCCUCCCCUCCUCUUCCUCCCCAUCCUCCCUAUCUUCUCUCCUCAAUAACCCAUCAGUUGUCGAUACUAAGAAGAAAACCACCAAGCUGCUGUUAAUGGGUGAUGGUGGUCAGGACCAGGACCAUGGAGCCAACGAGGAGGGGCUGAAUCGUGAAAAUGAAGCGGUCGAGCACAACAACAACACCGAGGAGGCCACUAAUUACACCAAUCAGAGGAGAAAAGGAUAUCUGCUGUGUGGGAGGGCGUGCCACCUGAACAACAGUGUGUCUGCUCAGGUGAGGACAGCGUCGGCUUCAGGAGGUCCUGCUUCAGCUCUCUGUGAAGAAGACAACACACGUCAACACACCGGCUCUCUGAAACUAUCGCCCAAUGAAAACGGAGACGAAUCAUCACUGACAGGAAAUGAUGCAGAAGAAGAGAGGAAGAUGAGCAGCAGGACAGAGGAGGAGGAGGGAGGGAUGAAAGGACCUAGAGGUGGAGGUCCAGAUAACACGGAGGACCUGGAGGUGGAGGUCAGGAUGAUUGAUUUUGCUCAUGUUUUUCCAAGUGACGGCUACGAUCAGGGCUACAUGUACGGCCUGAAGCACCUGCUGACGGUGCUGGAGCAGGUCCUGUGUGACGCGGCGCAGAGCUCGCCCUCUUCUACCUCCUGAGUGGCUUCAAGCACCACCCGGCCGUCUUAAACACACAUUUCAGAUGGAAGGACAGAAAACGAGCCGUCACGGCUGCUUGUGACUGGUCGGUCUGACGUCAUCGUUUCUGCUCGUGUGGAUCUGUGAGCGGAGGGAAACCAGUCCCUGAAGGCACCGUUCACCUGCUCAGUCCUGGGAGCGUGUGGUGGAUCUUUGAUCCACGCUGUCACUUUAUUCUCAAACACCCUUCAGACUCUACUGGGGUUGGACGAAUGGACGAAACAUGGACCCCUGAAGGCCACUGGCAGUAACUUUUUAUAGGAUGAUUUCAAGUAAUUUCCCCUUUGAAAUAUUCAGAUCUGUAAAUAAACCCACAUUUUACAUCUGGACGUGG